AUGGCCACUGCUCCUUGGACUGCCCAUCCUCACUGCCCUGCGCACCUCCGCGGCGAAGUCGAAGCUCGUGUGAGGGCUUUCCCCCCUGCGUUUCUGAAUGAACCCUCGAACGGAGAGGUCUUUGAUAACGUAGAGCUCUGCAGAGAGCGUCUCCAGGGCUUCGCUUUUGCUCAGGGUUUUGCUAUAACACAGCAAAGCGGGAGUAUGAAGCAGGCUCGUCAGAUUUUCUAUUUUCAUUGUAUCCAUCAUGGCAAUUCGACGAGGAAUUAUAGGAAGUUAGAGGAGCAUGUUGAGAGGGAUGAGGAGGACAAUAUUACUAGUCGACGUAAGCAAGAAGCAACAGCUAUCAACGCAAGGAAUUGUCUAUACCUUAUAUAUCUCGCCUUCAAGCAAAUAGGCAAGCGUGGAUCUCGAGAAUUUGGCCUUAUAUUAGGCGUCAAAAACAACUCUCAUAGCCAUUCUAUAGCGGUGAAGGCGGUAAACCCUUUGGUAUACACAGAGCACAAAAAGGCCCUCCCUGGGUAUCAAAUAGCCCUGGAUUUGGGUAAGUCUCUGCGGUCAGCUCAUAUCUCGUAUUCUGCAGCACGUCGAGUGCUUGAACAAGCUGGUUUCCCUCUUGAUCGUAAGAGUUACUAUAAUCUUCGUCAUCGCGCUCUCUCUGCUGAAAAAGAUGAGUUUGCUGGCCUUGUUGUUGCCCUUGAAGAUGCUGGUUUCGUUUUUGAAUGCCGUAUGGAGGAGGAAAUCGACCAACAGUCUGGCGAGACUGCUGAAUUACCUCUAUCCCCCCCUCGAAAUACAACUAUUCAGAACCCUUUUCUAUCUCCUAUAAGGACUCAAAUAACAGGGCUUGAUCUAGAGGUCAUAGAGGCACGAGAUAAUCUUACAGGAUACGCGCGUCAACGCUACGAAAACGCAGCAACUCAAGCUCAACGAGGUCUUAUUGAAUUCGCUCAAGAACUUGGUAAUGAUGACCUCCAUGUUCGAAUGCCAGAUACUGUCAAGAGAUCCUCAUGGGGACGUCAGUUUAAAACUCACGAUAGGGUCAAUAAGCGGCUUAUGACAGGGCCAGAGGCAGCAGAACGUGACGCCAAUAAUAAAGAGCAGGCCGCUGCUCGAGAGGCACGCCAGGAGGCUAGUAUAGCUCUUGCAGCUUCAUUAUCAGGGCCAAUACCCCUCGCAGGGCCUUCUCCUCCUCCUCCUCCUCCUCCAUCUACAGCUCCUAUUGACGUGGAGAGCGUCCUUGAUACCCCCCCUCGUGGAUCUGCCGCUGGCGCCCUCGCUAUCCCUGUCACCACCACCACCACCACAGUUGAUCGGUCCUUCCCAACUCCUGGGAAUGAAGAAGAAGAAGAAAAAGAGGAGGAAGAAGAAGAAGCUAUAGAUGAGGCUUUUAUACCCCCCCUUCAACAGCGCCAGCAGCGAUGA